AAGUCAUGGUCAAAAAUUAUGUCUAAUGGAAAUUCGCACUCGCGCAGUCCCCGCCACCCUAACCUCGAAAUGAUUACAAAAAUCCGAUAAAACCCCGUUAUCGCGCCUAAUUAUGUAGUUUGCGUCCAGUCUACCUCAUUAUAAAUUAAUCACUCGGCAAAAUGCUGUCUCAAAAUUUGGAGUUUUGGAUGUCCAACUUGCCCCAAAGCCUGCGCCAGCUUCCACUCAUUCAUUUGGCAAUUCCAGGCUCGCACGACAGCACGACUUUUGCCAUAACAAAAAAAUCAAAAAUAUCGCCCGAUGCGCGCAACCCCAUCCAGUAUUUGAAGUUCUUGGAGCCCCUCUUGUGCCCCAUUAUGGUCAAAUGGUCGAAAACGCAGUCUGUGAACGUCAUUCAACAGUUAAAUGCCGGGAUAAGGUAUUUUGAUUUGCGGAUUGCGACAAAAAAAGGGUGUGGGGGCUUUUAUUUCGUCCAUAAUUUAUACUCAGAAUGCGUGAAUGGGGCUUUGGCGGAGAUUGGUCAAUUUUUGAAUACACACAAGGGAGAGGUUGUGAUACUAGAUUGUCAGCAUUUUUUUAACAUGGGGGCCGCCGACCAUUGUAAGUUCAUUUCGCUACUUGUUGACACGUUCGGGGCUAAAAUACAGCCCCGGACCGAUUUAACGCAACUCACUUUACUCGAAAUGACCGAACGCGGGAAACAAGUCAUUAUAAUUUAUCGAUCUGAUCUCAGAGAAGACUUUUUGUGGCCGGGGGGCUCUUUCCCGACUCCUUGGGCCGACACAGUAUUUGUCCCCAAACUUAUUUCGUUCCUAAACCAGACUUUGAAAAGUCGGAAUUAUUCGCUAGGGUUUGUCUCACAGUGUGUUUUAACACCGACGGUGUGGUACGUUUGCAAAAAUAUUUUUAGUUCGUUGGUAAACAAAUGCGUGUUGCCGCUAGAAACGGCCAAAUAUGACUGGAUAAGGCGCCAGAGGGCGGGGCCUAAGGGUGUCAAUAUAGUCAUUUCCGACUUUAUCGACUAUCAGGAUUACAGGUUUUGCAAAGAAGUGAUUGACUUGAACGAAAAAAUACUUAACGUUUAUUAGGAUUAGGCGUAAAGUUGUGAUUAUGACAGUAUUAAACAAGCAGUUUAACGUAGAAAAUAGGAAAUAAAUAACAGUUGGCACGUUA